AGAUCCGUGGUGCCUGUCGCGCGUCGAAUGCUUGACAACGCCGAUUCCAUACUUUCUGUUUCCAGGCGCAUACGGUGCACAGCAUUGGCGCAAAUUCAAACAGAGGCUGCGAGUUCUCAGCAUGACAGUUCUUGCCUCUCGCACAUCAAUAGCGACCGAUUCAUGUAUGUGAACUCGCCAACAACUACUACAGGGUCUGAAAGAUGUGGAGAGACCGGACGAAUCUGUACAUCUCAUACCGACAGUCGUACUCUCAUCAUCCCGCGAAAAAGACAAAAUACACAGGCUCCAAUGGCUUCGCCGACCAGGGUUCGGAGGAAACCAGGGGUCUCAUGUCCGCAGGGGCAUAUGACAAUGAAGGAGAUGCCGUGAUUGAGAUGGAUCUGCUGCCGCCACGCUGGAUGGAUAUACAAGAGGAGGUCAACGACGUGCUCAAGACCAUCACCCUGAAAGCGGCCAAGCUGGAAAAGCUCCAUUCCAAGCAUGUCCUGCCCGGCUUCGACGACGAGGCAGUCAAACAACAAGAAGAACGAGAGAUCGAGCGUUUGACGACAGAAAUCACACGGAGCUUUCAAGAAUGCCAGAAAGCAAUCAAGCGUAUUGAAAUCAUGGUACGAGACGCAAGGCAGGCGGGGACGUUGCAGAAGGGCGACGAGGUCAUGGCACAGAACAUCCAAGUGGCCCUGGCCUCUCGAGUUCAGGAAGUCAGCGCGACGUUCAGGAAGAAACAGAGCAACUAUCUCAACAAACAAAUGCUGACAUUAGCAGAACUUCGAGCCCUCGGCGGUUUUGAAUCGCCGUUAGGUCGAUCUUCGACUCCGGUACAGAACCCCUACUCAGAUCCGGCUCUCAUGGAAUCCGACGCCGACAAGUCCUUCAGUCAGUCGACGCUACAACAGACCGCGCAGAAGCGCUUCAGGAGCAACGACACCGCGAUAGCCCAGCGAGAACAAGAAAUCAACGACAUCGCCAAAGGUAUCAUCGAGUUGGCAGACAUAUUUCGUGACCUGCAAGGCAUGGUCAUCGACCAAGGCACAAUGCUGGACCGGAUAGACUACAACGUCGAACGGAUGACAACGGACGUCAAGGGUGCCGAAAAGGAGCUCAUCGUGGCCACGAAUUACCAGCGGCGUAACACGAAGAGGAAGAUCCUGCUCCUUCUUCUACUUUUGGUGAUUGGAAUGUUCGUUCUGCUUCUCAUCAAGCCCAAGAAGCGAUCAGUGGCUCCAGCUCCCGCGCCUUUCCCUCCAACAACGCCAGAGAAUCCUCCAUAA